AUGCCAGAUCACCAACAGCACCACAAACAAAUGAAAAUAUUUUUCCUCAAACAUAUUUUGACACAUUUAGAUCAAGUCUCGCUCAAAGCUGAUGAAGACACACUUUUUCUGCUGCUUUUACACACACUCGCCCACCCGACCAAACUCCCGAGAGUUGUUUCUGUGAACAGGAACGAGCAUGUAGGAGAAGGAAAAAAGAGCUGCUGA